CGGCGCAUGCGUGAACACGGUUGUUUUGUUGGACUGACAGUCGGCAGUGAACCAGGGACUGGGCUACAGAAAAGGUUAACUAGGCCGUCUUGAGCCACCUUUUCUGGGUUCAUCAUGUCUGUAAAACACGCCAUUAGCCGGGGGCUUGAGCUAGGCCGCACAUUCCUUCAGAUAGGUCUCUUUAAAUCAGGCGGCCGGGUCGCAGCAAAGCUCCGAGCUGACCGUUUUCGUGUAGGCCCGUCGGUCCGCACCGUUCAGCCUCAGGCUUUCCUGCCGUCCCGCUACCGCUACUACCGCACCUCUCUGAGGGGCCUGGCGGCUCAGCUUCAGUCCGCCGGAUUCAGGAGGAGGUUCGCCGGGGGGUCGCCGCGGAACAGGGCCGUGUUCCUGGCGUUUGGCCUCGGCGUGGGACUUAUCGAGCAGCAGCUGGAGGAGGACAGAAGAAGCGCCGCAACAUGUCAAGAAAUACAGGCCGUGUUUAAGAAGAAAAGGUUCCAGAGCUCACUAAGACCUUUCACCUCCGGAUACAAGCUGGACGACUACGUCAUCGGGAACCAGAUCGGUAAAGGCUCAAACGCAGCUGUGUACGAGGCCGCGGCGCAGUUCGCUCGCCCGGAGGAGGCUGAGAGCGAUUCUUCGCCGUUGGAACUGCGGGACCACGAGGAGGAAGUCCAGACACCGCCAUCUCCGGCAUGCUGCUCCCUAAGAAACUUCCCCUUGGCUAUCAAAAUGUUGUGGAACUUUGGGGCGGGAUCUUCAAGCGAGGCGAUUUUAAAGUCCAUGUCACAAGAACUUGUACCAUCCGGCCCGCUUGCCUUAAAGCAGGAAAAAGAGCAGAUCACGCUGGACGGACAUUAUGGCGUGCUUCCCAAAAGAGUCUCGGCUCACCCAAACGUGAUCCGGGUGCAUCGAGCCUUCACGGCAGACGUGCCUCUGCUACCAGGUGCCCAGGAGGAGUAUCCGGACGUGCUGCCAGCCAGGCUCAACCCCGCAGGCUUGGGAAACAACCGCACUCUUUUCCUCGUCAUGAAAAACUAUCCCUGCACGUUGCGACAGUACCUGCAGGUUUCCGCGCCGGGCCGCCGGCAGGGCUCUCUGAUGGUGCUGCAGCUCCUGGAGGGGGUGGACCAUCUAUGCAGGCAGGGCGUUGCUCACAGGGACCUGAAGUCGGACAACAUUCUGCUGGAGUUUGACCCGGGUCAGAAUGGUUGCCCCCGUUUGGUCAUUACUGACUUCGGCUGCUGUCUGGCCCAGAAUGACUGCGGCUUACAGCUCCCCUUCAACAGCAUGUGGGUCAGCAGAGGAGGCAACGCUUCACUUAUGGCUCCCGAGGUGGCGACUGCUGCUCCAGGCCCGGGUGUGGUGAUUGACUACACCAAGGCCGACGCCUGGGCUGUGGGGGCAAUCUCCUAUGAGAUAUUCGGACAGCGUAACCCUUUCUAUGGAGCUGCUGGACUGCAGAGCACAAACUACCAGGAGAAGCAGCUCCCUCCUCUGCCUGCCCGUGUUCCAGCCGACGUGCAGCUGGUCAUAAGCCUGCUUCUCAGGAGGAACCCGAAAAAGCGUCCCAGUGCUCGCGUAGCAGCCAACAUGCUGCACCUCAGCCUGUGGGCUCGCAGGGCGCUGGCCAAUCAGGACAGCGCUGGCAUGAGGAAGCUGGCCGAUUGGCUGCUGUGCCAGUCCGCUGUGGUUCUGCUGCAGGGCCGCAGCGGACCCGGCGGGGACAGGGUGGAGGCGGAGCUGCAGAGGAGCUUCCUGUCCAACCUAGAGCUGGAAGACCUGCGCGCCGCCGUGGGGUUCCUCCUUUACGGGCGAGAGCAGAGCCCCCCGCCCGCAUCGUGUUGCCAUAGUUCACUCAGUUUAAACCCGGCAAAUUGAAAUACUCAAACAUCUGCUGUGCGUCUCUGCCGUUUGUGGUUCCUAAGUCCGCGGAAGUGUAAUGCCGUUUGUGUGGUGGUGUCAUCCUCAACCGUGUGAGCACUUACUGUGAAUUGUAUUAGCCUUCUCCCGUGUGUGCUGCGUUUGUAACUGAUGCGCAUUAUACACACUUUGCGUGCACAAGUCUUUCAUUUAUUUAGACUUAUUAUUACUACAGAGGGAGUUUUAAAAGCUGCCAGCACCAUUCAUGGGAACUGCAGCUUGUCUAACCAGUGCUUUGCAUUGAAGUCUCAGGGGAAAUGACGUCGGCGUCCCAGCAUCUAUGUUUCUAAAUGUAUUUCCCCCAAAAUUAGUGGCCAGUAAUGGAGAGUCCUGAUGGCUACUUAUAAUUCUGUUGUUAUACUUAUAUGUAGAUUGUAAGAUCCUUAAGUUUUGAAGAUGUCUAAAGCACUUUUUAAAUAUUUUGCAAAGGAAACCACCUCGACACCCAGAAUAAUUUUUAAACAUAAUGCACACACGUUGUACACCGGUGAUGGUUGAGGCCAAUGCAGAUAUUUUUAAAUUAAAAGAAUGCAUUGCACUAGUUAGGCUCUACCGUGUAGGGUAACGUAGUCGGUAUUCCCGUUAAGCAGCGGGUUGCCGUUAAACGUGCGAGGUUGCAGGUAUUUCUACGUCGUUCUGCAUGCUUUAUGAACAUAAUGCAUGGAAAAAAUCUGGAUCAUGGUGAAGCUUUUUUUGUUUUCCUGCUUGCACUUUAUGUCCAAGUUUGCACAUUUUUAGAACUCUAAGCACAGAUUACAAAUGGUGGGGGAAGGGGAAAUAAACUAAAUGACAAAAAUG